UGUUUUGAGGUCACAGAAUCAUGAGCACUCCAUAGGGAACUGAGUGAAUAUCUCCAGUGCUAUCAGUCUUGCCAUCCUCCUUUACACAUACAUAUGUGGAAUGUUUCAGGACUCAGUGGCCUUUGAGGAUGUGGCUGUGAACUUCACUCAGGAGGAGUGGGCUUUGCUAGAUCCUUUCCAGAAGAAACUAUACAGAGAUGUGAUGCAGGAGACCUUCACUAACUUGGCUUCCAUAGGGGAAAACUGGGAAGACCAGAACAUUGAAGAUCGGUACAAAACCCAGGGGAGAAAUGUAAGAGGUCAUAUGGGAGAAAAACUCUGUGAAAGAAAAGAUGGUCAGUGUCAGGAAACCUUCAUCCAGGUUCCAGAUCUCAAAUGGAACAAGAAAACUCUUCCUAGAGUAAAACCUUACGAAUGCAAUGUGUGUGGGAGAGUCUACAUGUGUCACUCAUCUCUUAAAAGGCACAUGAAGGCUCAUACUGAACCAUAUGCAUGCCACAAAUAUGGAGAGAAGUCUUAUGAAUGUAAGGAAUGUGGGAAAACAUUCAACUUUAGAAGUUCAUUUCGAAUACAUGAGAGGACUCACACCGGAGAAAAGCCCUAUAAAUGUAAGCAAUGUGGGAAAGCUUUCAGUUGGCCUAGUUCUUUUCAAAUACAUGAAAGAACUCAUACUGGAGAGAAGCCCUAUGAAUGUAAGGAGUGUGGCAAAGCCUUCAUUUAUCACACAACCUUUCGAGGACACAUGAGAAUGCACACAGGAGAGAAACCGUAUAAAUGUAAAGAAUGUGGGAAAACUUUCAGUCAUCCCAGUUCAUUUCGAAACCAUGAAAGAACUCACUCUGGAGAGAAGCCCUAUGAAUGUAAGCAAUGUGGAAAAGCUUUUAGAUAUUACCAAACUUUUCAAAUACAUGAAAGGACUCACACAGGAGAAAAGCCCUAUCAGUGUAAGCAGUGUGGGAAAGCCCUCAGUUGUCCCACAUCCUUUCGAAGUCAUGAAAGGAUUCACACUGGAGAAAAACCCUAUAAAUGUAGAAAAUGUGGCAAAGCCUUCAGCUUUCCCAGUUCCUUUCGAAAACAUGAAAGAAUUCAUACUGGAGAGAAACCUUAUGAUUGCAAGGAGUGUGGAAAGGCCUUCAUUUCUCUUCCAAGCUAUCGGAGACACAUGAUAAUGCACACUGGAAAUGGGCCUUAUAAAUGUAAGGAAUGUGGGAAAGCUUUUGAUUGUCCCAGUUCAUUUCAAAUUCAUGAGAGGACACACACUGGUGAGAAGCCCUACGAAUGUAAGCAGUGUGGGAAAGCCUUCAGUUGCUCCAGUUCCUUCCGAAUGCAUGAAAGGACUCACACAGGAGAAAAACCCCAUGAAUGUAAACAAUGUGGGAAGGCCUUCAGUUGUUCGAGUUCUGUUCGAAUACAUGAAAGAACUCACACUGGAGAGAAGCCCUAUGAGUGUAAGCAGUGUGGGAAGGCCUUCAGUUGUUCCAGUUCCUUUCGAAUGCAUGAACGAAUUCACACUGGAGAGAAGCCCUAUGAAUGUAAACAGUGUGGGAAAGCCUUCAGUUUUUCCAGUUCAUUUCGAAUGCAUGAAAGGACUCACACCGGAGAGAAGCCCUAUGAAUGUAAACAGUGUGGGAAAGCCUUCAGUUGUUCCAGUUCCUUCCGAAUGCAUGAAAGGACUCACACUGGAGAGAAACCCUACGAAUGUAAGCAAUGUGGCAAGGCCUUUAGUUGUUCUAGUUCCAUUCGAAUACAUGAAAGGACACAUACUGGGGAAAAACCCUAUGAAUGUAAGCAAUGUGGCAAGGCCUUCAGUUGUUCCAGUUCUGUUCGAAUGCAUGAAAGGACUCACACUGGAGAGAAGCCCUAUGAAUGUCAGCAAUGUCAUAAAGCCUUCAGUUGCUCCCGUUCCUUCCGGAUUCAUGAAAGAACUCACACUGGAGAAAAACCCUAUGAAUGUCAACAAUGUGGUAAAGCCUUCAAGUGUUCCCGUUCCUUUCGGGUACAUGGAAGAACUCAUAAUGGACAGUAACCCUUCUAAUGCAAACAACAUGGUAAAGCUUUCAGUUGUCCCAUUGCCCUUUGAGGAUAUGGACUUACUGGGAGAAGCCCUGUGAAUAUAACAUGCGGA